AGCGCGUGAGCCGGGAGAUUCGACUCCUGACCUGAGUGUUUACUGUCAUAUGAACCGCAAAUAAUUUACGAACCCACAAAAAUUGGAUCCUCUAAAUUCAGCCUUUGCUAACCAUGUGGUUACACAUUGGGAUUAUCCGGAGGUGGACCAAGUGCUGUUAACUAUGGAGGCCAUGGAGGUAGACUCGCCUGUGGUCCCUCCAGUUGCUGGUGCUGCGGUUGCAGCUGUUGCUGAGCCUGAGGAUGUUGACGCCCCUCUAGCCAUCUCAGACUCUGGAAGCAGCACUGAGGUAGAUGAGGAUGAAGAUGAUGGUGCUGGAGCCCAGCAGGUGGUUCAGGCUCCUUUCAGGCUUCCUGCCACCUGGGCCUUCAGUCAGAGGGCCAUAGAUGGAGUCCCAGCUGUGCCUUCAGUAACCCAGGGGGUAUCAAUGCGGAGGUCACUCAGACAGGGUCUCAGAGUCCAUUACCCCAGCCAGACUGCAGCACCUUCCAGAGGACUUCCAGACUUCCUUCUCCGAGCUCCAGCUGCCAGUACAACUCAGCCAGAGUCCGGCAGCACCACUGAGGCCAGUGAGUCCGAGUCUGAGGAGGAAACAGCAGAAAGCACAGCUGCCGGGGCAGAGGCCUCACUACAUUUACCUUCUGCCGCUCUUAUUCCUAAUGCUCCCACUGAGCAGUCUCAACCAGAAGCAGCAGCAGCAGCUCCCAGUCGUACCGAAGCUGUUUCUGCAGCAGCAAACGAGGCCGGGGGCGAUGCUCAAAUCCAGGACCUCCAGCUGACUCCUGCAGCCCCGUCUUCAUCCCAGCAAAGCCGCAGUGGCGACAGCGAAGGCGAAAUGUGCUCCAUCUGCUUUGAGGUGUGGACCACAGCAGGCGAACACCGGCUCUCUGCUCUGCGCUGCGGACACCUCUUCGGCAACACGUGCAUCAAGCGCUGGCUCAAGGCUCAGGGCUCGGCUGCUAAAUGUCCACAGUGCAACAAGAAAGCAAAGCAUUCAGACAUUGUGCUGCUGUACGCUCCAAAGCUGAGAGCCCUGGACAACUCUGAGCAGGAGAGCCUGAAGAGGUCUUUGGAGCAGGAGCAGUCUCUGAGGAGAAAAGCUGAACUGGAGUCAGCAGAAUACAAACUCAAGCUUCAGGUUGUCACCAGCAAAUUUGGACAGGCACAGCAAGAGCUGCAGGAGCUGAAGGCCUUGAUGGCCCAAACUGGAAGAAGCUCGGCUCCACACUCUUCGUCGUCGUCCUCCUCCUCAUCCUCCUCCUCCAUGUCUCCGAGGACAGACGGCUCCAGGACAGCUCAGUACAGCUUCUCUAAGGCGGUGCUGGUGUCUCAGACAGGCGGCUGCAGAGUUCUGUCCUACUGUGAACCUCUGUGCUGCCUGCUGGCCUCACAGCCCUCCCCUCACUCUACACUAGUGCCUGGUUGUGGGGUGAAGAAGGUGAGCUUGGUUAACAUGAAAGCCAGUCAGUACGUUCCCAUCCACAGCAAACAGAUAAGAGGUCUGUCAUUCAGCAGAGAGAACAACAGCCUGCUGCUAUCUGCUGCGCUGGACAACACUGUUAAACUGACCAGCUUGCUAACCAACACGGUGGUUCAGACCUAUAAGACGGAUAAACCUGUGUGGAGCUGCUGCUGGUCUUUGGACAACAGCAACCACAUCUACGCAGGUCUGAGCAACGGCUCCGUGCUCGUUUACGACACCAGGGACACCAGCACGCACGUUCAUGAGCUGGAACCUCUUCGCUCCAGGUGCCCAGUGGCGUCGUUGUGCUACGUCCCACGCAUGGCGUCCAGCUCUUUCCCCUGUGGUGGGCUGAUUGCUGGCUCACUUGAGGGUGCUUGUUUCUGGGAGCAGGAGAGUGAGACCACUUUCAGACCCCACAUUCUGCCUUUAGAGAGUGGCAGUUGCACAGACAUCCAGGUGGAGACUGAGAGCAGACACUGUCUGGUCACAUACCGGCCAGGACGCUCCCAUCAGACUCUACGAUGCGUCCUGAUGGCGCUGACUCGCGCGCCUCAGCUGGACUCCAGUCAGCUGCCCAGCUGCUCUUGCUCCCCUGUGCAGACAUUCAGCGCUGGGUCAUCCUGCAAACUGCUGACCAAGAACACCAUCUUCAGGCAUCCUGAGGGCCGUGGGAUGUUGGUAUGUGCUGGGGAUGAGGCCUCCAACUCCACCAUGGUGUGGGAUGCAGGAAGUGGCUCUCUGCUUCAGAAGCUUCCAGCUGACCUACCAGUGUUGGACAUCAGUCCCUUCUCUGCGAAUGGAGAGAACUUUCUGGCCUCUCUCACAGAGAAGAUGGUGAAACUUUACAAAUGGGAGUAAAUGAAUUUGUUCCAGUCACAGUCAGACCAUAAGGAAAGUGAAAUGUUGGACAUUAUAUGCUGCUAAAUAUUUAUAACAGAUUAUUGGCUGAGUUGAGUCAGAUUACCUUCGCUGUUCCUUUUCUUUUUCCAGCCAAAAUUGCAGAUUUAUGUUGGUGUGAUAAGGUUGUGUUUACAUACCAGGUUGUAUGAAAGCAGUGCACACUACCUCCAGUGAGUCUCCUCCAGAGUUCUGUUGAAGCUCCUCAGCCACAGAUCACGUUCUUCUGUUCUUGUUCUGAUGAAAGUCAAAGCUUUGAGAAAACAUUUUGUCCUGCGGUUCUAGAAAUUAUGCAGAUUACUGACAAACCCAUUAGAUACAUUACUUGUUAGCAACUAGCAUCAAAAUCAGAAACGUGUCCAUCACAGUUGACAUCAACUUCACCGUCUCUCUUUCAGUUGAUCUAUCCAAGAAAUCUCAGAAGUAUAAUGGCUGCUCUGAUUAUGACACCCACUGCUGGAUUAGAAAUAUAAUUCAGUUGCUUAAUUAUACUCAUAAUAAAAUAUGAAAUCAGUUCACUUAAAUUGAAAGUGAGCACCAGAUUUGGUAAAUUUUAAUAAUAUCUGUUCAGGUUUUUUAACCUGAUGUAAAACUUUGUCAGUUUAUGGUCAAAAUCUCUCUAAAACCAGAGAUCUUGAUGUUUACUCCAACAUUUAAACAGAACCAAGACAUAAAGACCUGGGGCUGGAGGUGUUAGCUCAUAGUGCCACUUCAAACCGGAAGAAGAGGAAAAAAUAAGUCGAAUGUCCAUUUUUCCCAGAAACUGUGAUCACCAUCUGAUUGUAUCUGAUUGUAUUAUAUGGUCAAAUUGUAUGGUAUGUAUGUAUGUAUGUAUGUAUGUAUGUAUGUAUGUAUGUAUCACUCAUUCCUAACUGGAUAACCUGAGAGUCGUGGCAAAGGUCUGCUGUUUUACACACGUUCAUCACACAGAAACUUCAAGUGCCAAAGGAAUUCCACUCUUAUAAAUCAAACUUCUAUUUUUAAGGAAAGUUACAUGUAUAUUUCUUACUAGCUGUUUGUGUACAACUUCAGAGUUAAUAAAAAAGCAUUUUCUUUUUUUUUA